CCCCGAUCACCCAGGUUCUAGCAAGCCUGAAAGUAUAUGGACUGGAUGCCAGACCAUUCAUAAUGCCGUCAGAAUAUUGCCCCGUCUAUGCACCGUUCUUCGGAGCCCUGGGAUGCACCAGUGCCAUCGUCUUCACUGCCUGUGGGGCAGCCUACGGAACGGCGAAGGCUGGCGUCGGCGUUUGCUCCUCGGGAGUCCUCCGCCCUGACUUGAUAGUGAAGAACAUCGUGCCCAUCGUCAUGGCCGGUAUUCUCGGGAUCUACGGCUUGGUGGUGUCGGUCCUGAUCGCCAACAACCUCUCUCAAGAAGUAGCUCUCUACACUAGUCUUCUCCAGAUGGGUGCUGGUCUCGCGGUCGGACUGUGUGGACUAGCUGCGGGGUUUGCGAUUGGAAUUGUCGGCGACGCGGGCGUGAGAGGCACAGCCCAGCAGCCGCGGCUUUAUGUCGGCAUGGUUCUGAUUUUAAUUUUUGCCGAGGUCUUGGGCCUGUAUGGCUUGAUCGUUGCUCUCCUGAUGAACUCCAGAGCAAUUGUGACGGACUUCAAAUGCAGCUGA